UGGCAUACUUAAAACGUUCCUGUGCAGAUCGGUGCCGUUAUAUGGUUUGUCAUCAAGGGUCGCCAGCAUGAGAUCGCGUAGCGACUGGUAAUUGAGAUAGGCGACAAUCGCCGCGCGUGUGAUGGCAGCCCCGGACCGCCGUACUAGCACCUGUAGUAUUACGAGUCAGAAGGGCCGCAGUCACUGAUAACGUCCUGUUCCGGCAUAUGCUGCCGCGUAGACGAGGCUAGCGAUAUGGCCCAUCAGAAGGGCCCAAUUAAUAGGCGGACGUGGGAGGGUGAACUUUGCGCUUUUCAAACCUCAGAUUCAACUUGGAUGGAUCACGAAGGAAAGGCUCUCUUGCACGGUCCCAAAUGCAAGCCACUCGAGUACAGGGAGAUACCGUAUGCAGUCCAUGCAUCGAUGCUGGCCACAAAGGAUGAUCCGCUGGCUCACUAUCUGGAGGACACCCCUGACGCGGGCCUGAAUCGUGCACGGAAGUACAGGAGCAAGGUCGGAUUGUACCUGACCACCGGAGACGGCGUGCGAAGGCACGAAGUCAUGACUGUUGGCGGUGGAGACAGCAAUAUCAUAUAUUCGCACGCGCGCGACCUAGUCCCGCGCCGCCGGAGACUCGUGAACGACGCGGUACAGCAGGUGAUCCAGCGAUUCUUACGUCUACUCAGAAUCACGUAUACCAAGCAGCAGCUAGCCCGACACCAGGAGUUCCGCGAGAAGUUCGAGCCUGCGGUCGAGGAGGCGAUCGGGAAACGAGCAAAUGAGCUCUUCGAGAUCAAUGGUCUUUCCACGCACCCGGAGAAACAAGGACGGGGAUAUGCGUCGGCUUUGGUCGAGCACGUCACCAUGCUGGCGGACAAAUACUCGCGAGGCACCUGGCUGCUCACGAAUGAGUAUACAACCGGGUUCUAUGCGAGACUCGGGUUCGCCACAGUGAAGUCGAUCGUUCUCGGCGAGCACGAUCCGACGUGGACAGAGGGACCUGUCGUGGUGUGCAUAAUGUUGCGGGAGCCUGAGGCACCGGCGUCAGUGUACAAGGACGAGAGAAGCGAGGUGCUGUCGUGUGAUAGCGGCAUUGUCUAACGUUAUACGCGCUAGACGCAUCUGUGCUGGUGGUAGCGCAAUGGGAGAGGUGAUUUUCUCUGUACAGUACCAGCUGUCCGCUCAAAUAUGACACCCCCGAU